GUAUUAUUCCUUUUUUUUUUUUUUUUGCUCCGCCUUCUGUAACAAGGGGAAAGGGUGGGUCUGUCUGCUUCCAAACCUUUUCUUUCAGAGCCCCCUGGCCCCUAACUCUGGACUCUGUCAGGCUUUUCUCAUUUGGGCAAGAUAAUCACUCAGGCUUCUUCUACUUCCUUACCCACCCCCAAGCCUGUCACUUACCCCCAGCCCCCAACCAGGUUGGUGGUAGGGCAGGCCUGUAAGGCAGAUGGCUAGGGUAUUUAUAACCCAGGAGCACUUCUUGGGAAAAGUGACUAAGAUGCUAAGAGCAUAUUUAUAGCUGGGUUCUGACGUAAGUGUCAGUGGGGAGGUAGGGCCAGGCCAAGCACAGCAGCAAGCAUGGUAGGAGGUGCUGGAAAUUGGGGGCACCUGACAGAGAGGGUGGGGGAGAGGUGGGGUCAGCGACUGCUGCAGCCACUUCUUGCUGUUUCCCUUGACUCUGUCUCCUGGCACUGACAGGUAAGCCCUCUGAAACACCAUCAUGGGCAGAAACCUCGACUUUGCAGUUCUACAGUCCAGACCUGAAGGGAUAGAGAGCUGUCACUCAUCAGCCUGACCAACAAAGAGGGAGCUGGGAGCUGGGAGAGUACCAGACAGAGGGGCUUGAAUAUGUAGAACCUGGAGAGAAAUGCAGGGUGCACAGGAGGGUCUAAAAGGCUCAUUGUUCCUUCUCUCCACUCCCCACCACACAGUGCCCUGAGUUUCUGGGAAGGGCGUCGCACCCAUCACCAAGCUCUAUUGCCACCUGUCAGUGUGAUGAGGUCCAAAACCAAAGGUAGCAGUGAUGUGGGUCCUGACAACAACCUCUGCUCUCUGGCAGUGGCUAGGUGAGAGAGCAGAGGGACCAGCGUCUCUGUCACCCGUUGGAGAGGCAGGGUCUCCAGAGUGAGAGGCUGGGAAGUGUUGCAUCUCUCCACUCCCCAGAGUAGCCCUUUUCCUCGGAAGCUGGUCAGCUCUCAAACAGCUGCUGUCCAGUGGCACGACACUGCCACAUGGUGGACACUGGUGGUACUGCGGCCCAGCCCCCAAAGCACCACCUCUCUCUCUCUGGUGCCAGACCUAGUAGUCAGUCUCUCUUGACAGCCCUCACUGGCUAAAUAGUGGGGAGAUGAAUCAAAUGGAGUGGGGGCACAUUUACAAAUCACAGUCACAUCCUCCCAGCUUCUUGAAAAAACUGGGGCAUAAGGAGAAAGGCUAGCAUGAAACCUUCCCUCAUGAGUUCAAGGUGGAGGGGCCUUGGCCCACCCAUAUAAAGUCAGUGAGGAAGUAUGGUAAGGAGGGCUGGGAUUGGAACUAAGGUUUUUGUACUCACUUUGCUUUGCUCUUAAAAGUCCUUAAACCACCCAUUUCCCACCCCCAUUAACAGAGGACUGGCACCACUUCUAGGAUACCCCACAUUUAGGCAACUCUCAGUCCCCUGAACAAGAACCAGCAGCUGGGUACAGGCUCUACCAAGUCCCAUGCCCUCUGCCAGCCUUGAUGGACUCUGCCCUGCUGUACGAUUGCAUCAGCCCCACCCCCACCUUUCUGGGUUUCCCCAGACAUCACAGUAACAUGCCAACCCCCAUGCCCCUGCCCUCUUCCACGUUGUGCUCCAGUCCAACUGGACUCUGGGCAGCCAGCACAGGCAGGGUCAGGGGUGACUUCUGUGUCCCGUGGCAUUGCCACCUUGGCCUGGGCAAGAGGACUCCGUUCCUCCUGUCCCCACCUCCCAACCUCUCACCCCUGUCCCAGCCUCAUUGCUAGAAAUAAAGAGACCAGAGUUGUUCUUCUUGCCCAGAGGCCCUAGAGAAAUAACCACCGGAACUUAUAGCUGUCUCAUGGAGACUGCUGCAGCAGUGGCUGGGGAGCAAGUUAGAAAGGCUGGAGGGAUGGGGGGAAAUUGCCCUUCCUCACCUUACUAUAUGGAGUUCCCGCCCCCUAGUCCCAGACCUUGGGGACUGAGCAUGUGAAAUCAUCCUCUUUCUUGCAUCAUGCGUGUCCACAUUGCCCCCCCCCCGCAACCCCCAUACCCCUACCUUAAGCUCAGUGACCAGGGCCAGAUGGUGAAACCAGAGCUCCAGGGGGGAACCUCCACCCACUGCAGGGGCUUGAUGGGCAGCACAGCUGGCCAAUCUGGGGCUUAGAGGGUAGGUCUGCUGGCUGACCACGAGGUGAGGGAGCCCCAGGCUGCCGGCUCUAAAGAGGCCCAGACAUGAACUGUGAGGGUCAAACUGGCAGAUUGUGCUAAACACAGCUACCCAUCGGACCAUCCACCUUCUGCCUUCCUGUGUCCCUGGCAAUAGAAGACAGGUAGCUCUACCCUUGGCUAAGGGUAGGUGUGGCACUGGUGUCUGCUGCUGCUGUGCCCUCAUUGGCCUCCACAAAAUCACUCAAUAGAAGGAGCAACUGCCAUCUGAGGCUCCCGCCCAGACCCAGGGCCAUUCACCAGAAGCAUGGAGCUCCCUGAUGUCCAGUUCCGGCUGGUGCUGCUGUGGGCACUGGUAUGGGCGCAGGGGGCAAGGUCUGUGUGUCCCUCCUGUGGGGGCCCCACAUUGGCACCUCAAGCAGAACGAGCUCUGGUCCUGGAGCUAGCCAAGCAGCAAAUCCUGGAGAGGCUACACCUGACCAGCCGUCCCAGGAUAACUAAUCCUCCACCCCAGGCAGCACUGACCAGAGCUCUCCGGAGACUACAGCAGGGAAGUGUGGCUCCAGCUAAUGGGGAAGAGGUCAUCAGCUUUGCUACCACCACAGACUCCUCCACUUCAACCUGCAGCUCCAUGCUCAUCUUCCAGCUGUCCACUGCCCAGUCCCACCACCUGCACCAUGCUCGCCUAUGGCUGCAUGUGCUCCCCACCCUUCCUGGUACUCUGUACUUGAGGAUCUUCCGAUGGGGCCCACGAAGGAGGCACCGAGUGUCCCGCGCCCUCUUGGCUGAGCACCAAAUGACAACCCCUGGCUGGCAUGCCCUGACUCUGCCCUCUAGUGGCUUGAGGGGUGAGGAGUCUCGUGUCCUGAAACUCCAACUGCACUGCAGACUCCUAGAAGGCAACGGUACGACUAUCCCACAACCUCGGAGGCUCCUGGACACAGCAGGAGACCAGCGGCCCUUCCUGGAGCUUAAGAUCCAGCCCAAUGAGCCUGGAACAGGCCGAGCCAGGAGGAGGACCCUGACCUGUGAGCCUGAGACCCCCUUAUGUUGUAGGCGAGACUAUUAUGUAGACUUCCAGGAACUGGGAUGGCAGGACUGGAUCUUGCAGCCUGAAGGGUACCAGCUGAAUUACUGCAGUGGGCAGUGCCCUCCCCACCUGGCUGGUAGCCCGGGCAUUGCUGCCUCCUUCCAUUCUGCUGUCUUCAGCCUCCUCAAAGCCAACAACCCUUGGCCCUUGGGUACCUCCUGCUGUGUCCCUACUGCCCGAAGUCCUCUCUCUCUCCUCUACCUGGACCGAAAUGGCAAUGUGGUCAAGACAGAUGUACCAGAUAUGGUGGUGGAGGCCUGUGGCUGCAGCUAGCAAGAGGACCUGGGGGUUUGCAGUAAAGAGAUCAAGUUGGGGGUUCCCAGGCAAAGGGCAUCUGUGGCUGGAGGCAUCAGAUUCCUGAUCUGCAACCCCCAACCCAAUGGGCCACUUGGCAGUAUGACUGGGUUGACCCCUAUGGGACCCAAAUGGGCACUUUCUUUUGUCCAUACUGUGGUCUAUUCCAGGCUGGUUGAUGUGUGGGGAGAUGGGAAAAGUGUCCUCUGAAGGAAUCUACCCAGAAAGCAUGAUUUCCUACUCUAAACCCUAUGAGAAAAUGGCAGAAGGGAGGGAGGGAGGGAAGGAGACAGCAGAGAAAAAUGACUUAGUCUCUCCCAAGAAGAGAAAGUCCUCAAGUGAGGGAAGGAAGAAGCAGACAGAGGGCCCAGCAGGUUAGGGACAGGGGAGACAGGCUGACCAAGGGUAGAACUGUUGAAGUGCUUUAAGGGAAGGUCAAGAGGGAGAUGGACAAGGGCCUGAGGGAAGGUGUUUAGGGAAGCUCCAGAAAUGGGUGUCAGGAGAGAGGGGUGCUGAGCCUGAGAAGUUUCUUAGCUUUCCCAGUGGACGGUAGGACCCACUGGGGAGACAAACUUUUAUACUUUCCUAAUAAAAAUGGGAAAAACAUCAGUAAGUGUGAGUCAUAAAGACAGGCUGGGAUGAUGGUCCGGAGCAAUGGUUCUCAAGGUGUGAUCUUGGGACCCCUGGGAGGUCCCAAGACACUUUCAGGGGUGUCCACAAGGUCAAAACUAUUUUCAUAAUAAUACUAAGAUGUUAUUUGCCUUUUUUUAUUUUCCUUAUCUCAAAAGUGUACAGUGGAGUUCCAGGGGCUGUGUGGCAUGUGAUUAUAUCAUCUUUCUGACAUCAUUUUUAAUGGGAUGUGUGCUUGUGUAUUCUUGGGUCACAAACUUUUUUUCAGUUUUAACUUCUAAUAUGGUGAAUGAAUAUAAACCAUAUAAACAAAAGCUCAAUAAUUUUUAAGAAUACAAAGGGGUCCUGAAACCAAAAUGUUUGAGAACCGCUGAUCUAGAGACCUGGGUGGGGAGGAGAAAGCAACAUGCUCUAAAAGAACUCCCCUGGAAGAGAGGACACAAGGCUGAGACAGGAACAUGUGUAGGGUCCCUUUUUCUCCAGUGACCAUUGGUCUUGCCUGGCCCAUUGGGUAUAACUGGCAUCUGGGUCAAAGUCAUGUGGGGAGGAGGCUCAAAUAGGGCUCCUCGUCUGUCCCUCACAGCUACUAUCUAUAUUUGUCUGGCCCCAGACCUCUUCCUAGUUUCACCUUUUCCCCUUGACUCUCAGAUUGAACAGUUAACCCACUGACCUUCUGGGCCCAAGGAGGUGGUUCUUGGAAGCGGAACGAGGAUGUGGGAGGUCUGAGAGGUGACAGAAAAGGAAGGGACUCCUUUUGCCCGCCAUGCUUUCUCCACUUUCUCAUAAAGAA